CACAACUCAGGGUGGUCUACCACCACCGCCGAUCAAACCUGCCGAGGACUCGAUCGCAAGGCAAAGUCCGCGGGCUUCUGCUGGUGGUAUUCCGAAAGUAAAAGUACUAGCCACGCCGCCGCCUGCUCGAUCGCCGAUGCCUUCUUCGUCUAGCUCGAUUACUCCUCCCGCGCCGGUGCCGGUGCCAAUCACUGGCGUACUAGUGGGUCGUUGUCGCUCUCGCCGACGAAUUCGUAUCAGCAGAUGUCGACUGCGAACGAGGAGGAGUUGCAGCACAUGGUUGAUAUCUACUUGCAGCUGAACAACAACAACACCAACAGCAGCCGUACUAGCGAUAGUCCGAGCGGUGAGAAGAAUGCCGGGAAUCAGACCAAGCUGACGAGUGAAUUGAAACGGCCGAAUCGGGCAUCAUCGCGGCGCGCAUCGUUGAAAGCUGCAUCUGAAGCCGUCCCCGAGGCCGUGAUUGUCGACGACGAGGAAGAGCAUGCACCCAAACCUCCUGCAGACGACGAGGGACUUGUGCAUAAGGCUCCGGUUGUGAGCAGCAUAAAAGAAGAAGAGGCGGUUGAUGGCGAGGUCGAGGAUUAUGUGUAUGAUGUGUAUUAUCGGGAAAAAAUGCUUGGGUCGACGUGGGAGGGAGGGCAGUAUGGGUUACUGUUAUACAACACGGAGCAGGAUUUCGAGGAUCUGAUAUUUGAUGAGAACGACGACGGGGAUAAUUCCGACUACGGCCUUAGCGACGAUGAGGAUUCGAAUGCGGAGGAUUACUAUGGGAACGACUACCCCGACGAGGAAGAUUUCGAAGAGGAAGAAGACGAGGAGACAGAGUUUGUAAGUGAAGGACGGAGCGGUCUCGGCGCGGAAGCAGAGGAGGGCGGAGAAGCCGAGAUCGACGCGGAUGACUUUGAUGGGUAUGAGUAUGAGGAAUGUGCGCCGCGGUUCGCGGACGACGACGGGGACCGGUCGAUGGAGGGCGGGGUGGGGUUGCAGGAUAUCAUGGAGCUCGAGGAUUCAGCAGAGUCUGAUUCUGAUUUCGCCGAGCGGAUUCUGAGCAGUCUGCGGCAGAAGGACGGGCUGCCAUAAAUAGAAGUUUUGACAUUUAAAGACGCGUAUCGAGCGGCUCGAGAAGGUUUUCCCGAGGCCGAGCGCGCGCCACUCUUGGUUCUUCUGCUCUUUUUCAUCACCGACAACCAAACAAUCUUCUUCACAAAGUCGAGAUCCGCUGCGCCGAUGUCCAGAGUCGCGAUAUAGACCGUCGAGCACCGCCUCAUACUCAGCAACG